GUUGAUCUAAGAUGUCAAUUACCAAACGGAGAUCUCGAGACUUUAAUCUCCGUUAAAUCAGAAGAAGAACUAUCAAACAUCGUCGAAGAGUACGACCGCGUCACCGGAGCCAAGAUCCGAGCCGUUCUGUCGCCUCCGAGAUCUUCGCAUAAACGCGAAUCGUCUUCGUCUCCGUCGCCGUCACCGUAUUCAAGCGGAGAUCGAUCACCGAAAUCGCCGUUCUCCGUCACGCCUUCACCGCCGAACUCACCGUCUCCGGCGUACGGAAGAUAUCUACAGUCUCGGUAUUGUUUACCUCCCACGGAUCAUCUUGUUCCAAGAAGAUUCAAUCAUAGAUCGGAAGAGUCUCAUUGCUGCUGCUAUACGUGUCGUGUACACAAAGACUCCAGGCUCAUCUGGCAUUGAA